CACUGUCUUCCUUUGAUCCUCGAUCCCAUCUUCAGUAACACAAUGCUUCCUCUUGCUCUUCUCCUCUCUGCCGCCUUGAAGACAGCUGUCGCGUCUGCUGCGUCGAUCGCCCGGGAGAUCGAGGGAGCCAAGGUGCAUCAUCCGCCGGCACUCAAUCAGCCUGACAUCUGUAAUGGCAACUUUCACUGUCUCACCGUUCAACUGGCAGACGAAGCGGCGCAGGGUUUCAAGAAUAUCUACUGUUCGCCGACUGGGUCAGUAGACCACGACAACAACCUUUGGCGCACUUAUUGGUUCAAUGGUGUCUGCGCCGGCCAGUACAGACUCGACUGUCUCGACCACUCAGCCGGUGAACUUAUCAAUGUCUCGACCACGGGGCUCAUCAACUUUGCCUUCGGUCAGCCCAAGGGUCAGGCUAGGAUGUCCACGAGCGAUCUCGAUAUCGUAGGCGUCUCGAGCGAUGCGGGGCUGAUGGAUGCAAGUCGCAACGCCAGCAGUUCUCUCGAGACCGGAACCGCUUGGGUUGACUUUGUAGUAUGGUGCAAGGCGUGGCACUGAAAGCAGCGAUGCUGGUCUGAAGCCGUGCUCGCAAGUCAUCCCUCCUGAUUGAUCCAAUCAAAUCGCCUCAAGGGAC